AUGAAAAGGGUUAGAAGAAACGAGAGUAUGGGGAACAGUUCAAAGGAACGACAUGAUAAAAUCUAUCCGUCUCUUCCUGUGGAUCUGAUAAUAGAGAUUCUUACGAAACUGCCUCCAGGAGCUGUGUCAAAACUCAUCUGCGUUUCAAAACUGUGGUCAUCUAUUAUCCAAGGAAAGCAUUUCAAUGACUUGUAUCUAACUCGAUCUUCAACUCGGCCGCUUCUUCUUGGCCUUUUACACCUUCAACUCCACUCGACGCGGCUCUAUCAAUACUCUUCGUUUCAGGAGAAUCCAUCUUCUGGUCAUAGUAUUAUUAGGAAAACGGUUCCAGGAUUUCCAAUCGCUGCACCCGUCCGUGGCUUGAUCUGCUGUACAGAUGAUAAUGCUGAGGUGUUGAUUGUUGCCAAUCCUAGUACGAGUCAGUUCUUAACUCUACCUGGAGUUAACCACUGGACCUCAAGCUUUUUUGGAUAUGAUCCGGUUAAUGAUCUAUACAAAGUCUUUCACAUGAGCCUAGGUUUUGAUAUACAUGGAUGCCUUAUUAGUCAAGGGCAUCAAGUUUUCACUCUAGGAGCUCAAAAAACAUGGAGAAUGCUUGAAUGUAAGUACCCCCAUUACCCUCUAACUCAAGGUAUAUGCAAGAAUGGAGUUGUUUAUUAUGGAGCUGAGUUUUUCAGUUCUUACAAAGAAUGUUUCGUAUUAGUGUGCUUUGAGUUGAGAUUGGAAGAGUUUAGUCUUAUAACAUUACCGGAGGGUGUCAGAAUCGAACAAGACCAUAGGUCUGAUAAUUUGGUGAGCUACAACGGAAAGAUAGCCUUAGUAAGUCAAUCAAGAAACGGUAAAUUCGACUUGUGGGUUCUAAUGGAUGUCAUUAAACAAGAAUGGACAAAAAUAUCUGUAUUGGUUCCUUGUUGGAAAGAUUUAGUUGGGAGUGAGAUAUUCCGUUGCAGGGGUACUAUUAGCACCGGCGAACUUAUAUUUGAACCAUUCUAUUACUCUAGAAAGUUUUCAGUUGUCUAUUACAAUCCCAAAGAAGACAAGGCUCGAAGAGUUGAGUUUAAAGGAAAUGGAGAUUGUUGUGCUCUUAAAGGAAUCUUCCUGGAUCACGUAGAUAGUCCUAUGUUUCUUCCACGGAAGUUUAUUAAUUGA